CGGAAGUUAUCGUAUGCACCUGUUACAGUUUCAAACAGGAAAGGGAACGAAUCAAUACAUAUUUGCUUGAACAAAGUAGCUUCGCCUUAGGAUUUUUCAACUUGAAACGACUUGUUUUGGAUUGUUUUUGAAAAAUUUAUCAACUUGAACCUUUAUGGACAAAUUAAAGAAAGUUUUGAGCGGCCAAGAUGGCAAUGACGACCUCAACGUACUGCAGUCAGCGAAUGAAGCAUCAACACUGGGAUGGGGCACGCGCGUCAAGGGAUUCAUCGCGUGUUUUGUGGUGGGCGUCGUGUGUUCAGUUUUGGGGACCUGCUUGCUUUGGGUUCCGAGAAACGGACUGACACUCUUUGCAGUCUUUUACAGUUUGGGUAAUAUUGCUUCUCUUUUAAGCACAAUGUUCUUAAUGGGUCCAUUAAAGCAACUCAAGAGGAUGUGUGACAAGACGAGAGCUCUGGCAACUGGCAUUAUGAUUACAUGCCUGGUGCUAACCUUCUGUGCUGCUUUUUGGUGGAAGAACAAAGGCCUUGCUCUGCUGUUCUGUAUCCUCCAGUUUUUGGCUUUUACAUGGUAUAGCUUAUCCUACAUUCCUUUUGCAAGGGAUGCGAUUAUUAAGUUGUUCUCCGCGUGCUUCAAGUGAGAUGCCUCUACAUUUGGCCUUGGCUGCCUCUCUGUGUGCUGCUUUGGCUCCAGCUUCGGUGCUGCCUUCAAUGCCACUCAUGUACCUACUCUGCAGCCUGGCACAGACACCACACCACACUACAGGCUGCCCUUAUUCUCCCCAACGGAUGGACACUCUCCAUCUGUGUGAACAAGCACAUACAGACAAGUACACACACACACACACACCUGUGCUUUACAUUCAAGUAGGAAACUAUAAAGAAUGAAACAGUCUAAUUGGGUAAAAGGUUGAGUUUCGGGCUCUGCUCUGUAGUUGUAGUGACAUGUUUGGCGCAGCAAGACGGAGUAGAAUAUUUUACGUUUAACGCCUGUGUAAUUGCUUAAUAAUUCUUUCCUAUGUGCCUUCUUCUCUGCCAUCAUCCAAGGAUUACUUGAGGGCUAGAUUGGGUAGAAAUAUAACCAGUGUUUGCUGUUUUUGUUUAGUAUUUAGGUUCAUUUCUUUUUACGAGAACAAGAUUGUAAUGAUGAAGGGUUUUCUAAAUAAUUGUUCCAAUUAAAUUUUAGUUCAGACGUUAUCUAUUGUAGGUAAAUAUAUAAGAAUGAGAGAAAUGUCUUAUUACUUAUGUAUCACUAUAAUUGCUAUAUUAUCUUAUUAGAUAAGUAGUGAAAUAGUAAACACUCAUUAGGGUGCCAGUGUAUAUCUUUAAGAACAACCCUAUCCACCUUUUCCCUCAACGCUUAAGUGGGUGAGACUUCCGGAUAAUUAUUCAACCAGAAGAAUAACAACGUGCAGUAAACAGUAAAACUGUUUGCUCUAGAAACCAAUGUGUUUAUAAUUAUAAUAAUACAUUAAAAUAAUAUGGUAAGACACACCAAUUUCCAAUAACAAGCAGCAAAACAAGCUGUUUUGUACAGCUAAAACUAGCUGGACGCGGAUGAGACCGGAAGUUUACAAAUGGCCACGCCUAUUCUUACAUUAGGAAAAAGGUGGAUUGCUUUGAGUUUGUUUUGCAUUUAGUGCAUUUUUUUUUUUUUGAUAAAUGUUUCAUGUCUGUCCUCUUAUUUUCAAAUCACGUCAAACACAUUUCCUUUUAACUGUAUUGUUUUUGGUCCUCUGUAUAUUCACUGAAGAGAUUGCUUUUAUUCAUAUGUAUAGAAAUAUUUUUUGACUGAAAAAUACAUUCCAGAAUUAUUUUAUCAUGAGUGAAAUGAUUAAUUACCCAUGUUUUGCAUUAUUUCUAUGAAAAUAAUUCAUAUGUGAGGUGUUUAAGACUUUUUAUUGCUACUAUAUGUACAUUUCAACAAUCACUGCUAUUAAAAGUUAUUCAGAUUCA